GGGCAGCCGGCGGGCGGGGCGGGGCGGCGGCGCGGUGGCGGCGGCGCGGAGACGGGCGCGGGCUGAGGGCGCGGGCCGACGGGCGCACCGACCAUGGCCUCCAAGUGUCCCAAGUGCGACAAGACCGUGUACUUCGCUGAGAAGGUGAGCUCUCUGGGCAAGGACUGGCACAAGUUCUGUCUCAAGUGUGAGCGCUGCAACAAGACGCUGACCCCCGGGGGCCAUGCCGAGCACGACGGGAAGCCGUUCUGCCACAAGCCAUGCUAUGCCACGCUCUUCGGGCCCAAAGGUGUGAACAUCGGAGGCGCGGGCUCCUACAUCUAUGAGAAGCCCUCCGCCGAAGGACCUCAGGUCACUGGCCCCAUCGAGGUGCCUGUGGUCCGGGCUGAGGAGCGCAAGGCCAGCGGUCCUCCCAAGGGGCCCAGCAAAGCCUCCAGCGUCACCACGUUCACGGGGGAACCCAACAUGUGUCCUCGCUGCAACAAGAGGGUCUACUUUGCCGAGAAGGUGACCUCCCUGGGCAAGGACUGGCACCGCCCGUGCCUGCGCUGUGAGCGCUGUGGGAAGACACUCACUCCAGGCGGGCACGCGGAGCACGAUGGCCAGCCCUACUGCCACAAGCCCUGCUAUGGAAUACUCUUCGGACCCAAGGGGGUGAACACUGGAGCUGUUGGCAGCUACAUCUACGACAGAGACCCAGAGGGCAAAAUGCAGCCCUAGGCCUGCAGCAGCCCCCGCUCCCAGGGGCAUGGGCCCAUCCGCCCCCUGCCGGCCCCUGCUCCGGAGCCCACUGCCUGGCCCCGUGAGGGA